AUGUCAGCCACGGCCACUGCUCAGAAGGCAAGUAUGGUUGCUGAGGAAAAGUUAUCGCGUCUACCGAAUGGCUUGUCAGUUGGUUCGUUGGACAUGAAUGGUGCCGUCUCUCAACUGCUAAUCGCAUUCCGUGCAGGUACUCGCUAUGAACAACAACCGAACGAAGCCGGUCUUGUGCAUCAUCUGCGUAAUGCAGUUGGUAUCGAUUCGAACAAUUAUCUCGGCGCUGAAAUGUUGUGGCAUUGCGGCAGUUUCGGUGCAAAUCUUAUGUCAACUUCAUCGCGUGAUUUGUUCAUGGUGCAAAUGAGUGUUCUUCGUGACCAUGCAUCCGUGGCACUAUCGCUGUUGGGUGAGCUGGCACAACCGGCAUUCAAACCGUGGGAUUUGGAAGAAGUUUAUGGAACACUUCACGCCGAUCGUCAAUAUUUACAGCCAUAUGAUAUACUCCUUGAAAAACUUCAUUCUGCUGCUUUUCGUAAUGGUCCUCUCGGCAAUGAGUUGUAUGCCAAGAAGUCAAAAAUAGGCAAGAUUACUUCCAAGCAGCUGCUCAAUUUUGCGUCAUCACGAUUGGUUAGUGGUAAUGCAGUAUUGGUUGGAGUAAAUGUGACACAUCAGCAAAUACUGGAUUACGCAUCAACUCAGUUGAAUAUUACUGAAAAUAACGCCAACCCAAUUGUACCAUCCAAGUAUCGUGGCGGUGAGGUACGUCAUAAUUCAACCAUGCAAUUAGCACACGUGGCUAUCGUUGGUGAAGGAGCAUCGUUACAAGAUCAUAAGGGUAUGGCCACACAAGCGGUUCUGAGUGCAGCGUUGGCGAAUGGACCUUCAACGAAGUAUUCAUCUGGACUUGGCCAUGGUGUCGUUGCAGAUGCAGUUUAUAAAGCAUCUGGUGGAAACAUGGCGGCAGUAUUACCAAUCAACGAGGUGCAUUCAGAUGCAGCGCUUGUUGGUGUGUACUUGGUCUCGAGUGGGGAUAACAUUGCACCUUUGGUGACAACCGCAUUUAAUGCACUGAAGUCGUUUCAAAUCAGCGAAAAUACAUUGAAAGCUGCAAAAUUAUGUGCCGAAAUGGAUGCGUUAACUGCAUGCGAAUCAUCUUCAACGGUUGCUGUUGAUCGUGCAGCACAAAUUUUGGCUUGCGGACAUACAAUGUCGGCCAGUGAUUUUAUUGGAUCAAUUAGAAAUGUAACACUGGACGAUGUUAAUAAGGUUAUUAUGCUAUCAGUUUUUAUUUGUUAA